AUUUUCAAAAUCAUCAGCCUUUAACAGGCUAACAGAUUCAUUGUUGUCAACAUAACCAUAACAAGAAAGAAAGUGAGGUGCAGCUUGACAACCUCUUGGUCAACUGAAACUGCUUUCAUUUCCAGUAUAACCUGUAUCUGCAGUAACAGCUGUUCAUUUCCUGUAAGAGCUAUGCAAACUCACCAGUCAUUCUGACACACCCUCAUCAUUUAAAGCCCUGAUAACAUGCUGCAGUGGGCAGAGCCUCUCAAUCCAUAAAAUCACACACAGUUCUACAGAUCCUCAUUACCAUCAUCAUCAUCUCCAACACACAAGAACAUCAUCAGAUACUUGAGAAGAAGAGAAGAUGUCUGCAUCUGAAGGCACAAAACAAGUGAAAAAACAGAUGAAAAUCGCUGAGAAUUUGCAUAAAUACUCCUUACACUUUUCAAAGGACGUCAUGAAGAUCUUCAAUGACCCCAUUCAUGGACACAUGGAGCUGCACCCCCUGCUGGUGAAGAUCAUCGACACUCCUCAGUUUCAGAGACUCAGACACAUCAAACAGCUGGGAGGGAUAUACCUGGUGUAUCCCGGCGCUUCUCACAAUCGCUUUGAACACUCUCUUGGCGUGGCAUAUUUAGCAGGUUGUCUGGUGAAGAUCCUUCAUGACAAUCAGCCUGAGCUCAACAUUACCAAACAUGAUUUCCUGUGUGUUCAGAUCGCUGGUCUGUGUCACGACUUGGGUCAUGGUCCAAUUUCUCAUUCAUUUGAUGGUCGGGUUAUUCCUAAAGCCAAAAAAAUUAAAAGAUCCAAAGGCUUGCCUGAUGACAUUCCUGAAAAGUGGAAGCAUGAGCAGAUGUCAAUUCUGAUGUUCGAUGACAUUGUGAAGAGUCUGAAGGCUGAGAAUGAAGACGUGUUGAAAGAACAUGGACUGGAUGAUAAAGACGUCACCUUCAUUAAAGAGUUAAUCGAAGGAGCAACAACUUCAGAGUGGACAUACAAGGGCAGAGAUGAAGACAAAUCCUUCCUGUAUGAGAUCGUGGCAAAUAAACAGAAUGGCAUCGAUGUGGACAAAUGGGACUAUUUUGCACGAGACUGUCAUCACCUGGGCAUCCGAAACAGUUUUGACCAUCAGCGUCUGCUGAAGUUUGCUCGAGUCUGUGAAGUGAACGGAAGAAAUCAAUGCAUCUGCUUCAGAGACAAGGAGGCUGAUAAUGUUUAUGACAUGUUUCGCACUCGAUACACUCUCCAUCGCCAGGCCUAUCAGCACAAGAUGGGCUACAUCAUUGACACCAUGUUUGCAGAAGCACUCAUACGAGCUGAUCGUGAUCUUCAUGAAGGAAAACCUGAAGAUAUGCUGAAGAUUUCUGAAGCCAUAAAGACAGCAGAGGACUACAGCAAACUCACAGAUGAGAUCUUUAAGCAGAUAUCGUCCUCCACUGCUGAUAAUCUGAAGGAAGCUCGAGACAUACUGAACAAGAUCGUAAGAAGAAAACUGCCAAAGUUUGUUGGAGAAGCUCGACUGACUGAGAACAGCAUGUCAAAGGAAGAGCUGACAGAAACAUGGAAGGCAGCUGUACACAAGUAUGAACCUGCAGACCCGACUGUUUCUCUGAGUGCUGAUGAUUUCUCCAUUUAUGUGGUUGAUCUGGAUCACGGCAUGAAGGACAAAAACCCCAUUGAAAAGGUCUAUUUCUACAGCAAGAGGAAACCCAAUGAAGCUUCUCCCAUUAAAGAUUAUCAGCUCUCCAGUUUCCUGCCGCAGAGGUUUAAUGAAGAGCUGGUCAGAGUUUACUAAAAAAAUACUACUGAUGGGAACAAAGAGGAGCUGAAGAAGAAAGUGGAGGAGGCUGAGAAGUGCUUUCAGGACUGGUGUAAAUCCAAAUUUGGAUGCCAUUAAUGUGCAUAUGGUUUUUAAUAUAUUAUAUUUAAGGUUGUGGCUGCACAAUCAGUACAUGUGUCUGUACUUUCACUGAUUGUUUAAUGAAUAAACUACAGGGGCAGUUUAUAUAAACCUCUUCCACAUUCAUGUUACUAAACAAACAUGCAGACAGAGAAUUAUAAAUAAAUUACAGGAGUAGUAUUGAUAGUAUGAGAUUUGCAAAUG